AGUCGCUUGAUUCUGGCGAGGCAUCGCCAUCACGGACCGUGGUGAUUUCAGUAGUUUACACCAAACAAUCCCUUUGAUGAGCCUCACCAAAUGAGUUACAUAUACUUGGCUAACAAAACGUGCCAACCCUUUAUCUUUUCUUUAAAUCACUUUAACUUGGAAAUUCUAUCCUUUGCUUCGAUGCUGCUAUAUUAUAUAUAUUCGAGUGAGUUAGUGUGCUUCACAAGCUCUAACUGAAAGUGAACCAGAAACAAGAGUGUCAGAACAAAAUAGAAAUAUUAAAAACACUGCACUCGGAUAUAUCUUAUGGUAAAUAUGGUGACCCCAUUUCAGUUAUAGCCAUCUCAUGCAGCUUUCUGAUUUUUCCUGGGUGUUCUUUGUUGCAUUCAAGUUAUGUGGAAUUAGUUUGUGAUUUCAUUUUGAGUUCUCAAGAGGGAUUGUGAUUGUUCUACACAUUCAACCAAAUUGAAUUAUUGAAGUGAAAAGUUCAGCUGGUGAAGAUCCAUCACCACCUUAGCAGCUAUGGUUCUAGGCAUGAAAGGAAAGAACAGGAGAAGCCUCACAGUUCAACUUGAUUUCCUCAUUCACAUUCAGGAGAUUAAGCCCUGGCCCCCAUCACAAUCUCUAAGAUCCCUUCGUUCUGUGUUGAUAGAAUGGAAGAAUGGAGAAUGUGCAUCAGGUUCCACCACUCUUGUUGCCCCUUCACUUGGUUCAGUCAUAGGUGAAGGAAGAAUCGAAUUCAAUGAGUCAUUUAGGCUUCAUGUGACUUUGUUGAGGGAUAUGUCUGUGAGAAGUGUUGAUUCUGAUGUGUUCCAAAAGAAUUUGUUGGAGUUCAACUUGUAUGAGCCAAGAAGAGAUAAAACUGUAAAGGGUCAGUUGUUGGGGUCUGCCAUCAUAGACUUGGCUGAAUAUGGGACACUUCAAGAGACUUUGAGCACUAAUGUGCCUAUGAACUGCAAGAGGAGCUACAGGAAUACAGAUCAGUCCUUUUUGUUCAUUAAAAUUCAGCCUGUUGAAAGGAAUCGCGGUGCUAGUACCUCGUUGAAGGACAAUCAUGGUGGUGACUCAGUGUCAACACUCAUGAAUGAAGAAUAUGCUGAGGAAGCUGAGAUUGCCUCUUUUACUGAUGAUGAUGGCUCCUCACAUUCUUCUGUGGCUGCUGUUUCUACUUCUAUUGAGUCUAGUGGGUUUACCUCGUCCAAAUUGGAAAAGAAUGAACCAUUUGACAACACUAGUGUGAAUGGCAAGGAACAUCCAUUGGCUUCAGAAAAAAGGCUUGGAAACAUGAAUAUGGCGCAACAAGAUACAUACAACAAGCUUGACAGAAGUUCUUACAAUUCUAAAACAGAUGUAUCUUCUGCUAUCAGGAGUCUGGUAAAUGGCCAUGCUUCUAACUCUCCUAAUCGUAAUUCUUCGUCAAUCCAAAAGCUUGUUUCUUCACCUAGUGCUGAUUCUUCUUCCCCAUCUUCAGUUUGUGACAAUUUAGACAUAAAUUAUAGGAACGGGACAAGAAGAAGUGGUCAUGAAAAUUUGGAUCAGAGUUUUAAUGAAAAACUAGCUAACUAUAGAAACAUUGUUGCAGAAGUCCAGAAAAACAGUAAUGAAAGCACUUUUGGCAUCUAUUCAAAGCACACAUCAUCUCAAGAUAGUGGUCAGUUCAAUGGUAAAAAUCCAGCCUCUGAAAACUGUGAUACUUCUGAAUGUGAUGAGAAAUUAAUUGGGAGACGUAAAACUGACAAAUAUUUUAUGAAGGAGAGAGGAGGUGAUAAAGUUUUCCAUGGUUCUGUUGAGGACAUAAAUGUUAACGAAAAGUCUAAUUUGGAUUGGCAAAACGGCAUGGAAGAUGAACAAUUGGUGGCACAAGGUGCCAAGGAUCAAGCCUUAUUGGGUAGCAAUACAUAUUCUUUUGGGGAGCCAAAUGCUGGUAUGCAGGAAAAUAUUCUCAAAAGUGAAAGACUAAAGAACAUGAAGUCAGUGAGGUUGCCAGCAGACUCAGCUAGGAAUGCCGAAUCACUUGGUAGCAAUCAUCAUGCUGAAUUGAAUGAAAAUGGCAUUCAUGAAGAAGCACAAAACAGUGGAGGGAACAGAAUCAGUGACAGAAAAGAUGCUAAGAUUCAUGCAAAGGAAGCAAGAAAUGGUACUUUUGAUGGAAAAAUUGAGCAUUUGGAAAAGAAGAUAAAGAUGCUUGAAGGAGAGUUAAGAGAAGCUGCUGCUAUUGAGGCUGCUUUAUAUUCAGUAGUUGCUGAGCAUGGAAGCUCCAUGAGUAAAGUUCAUGCCCCAGCUCGGCGCCUUUCCAGGCUCUAUCUUCAUGUUUGUAAAGAAAAUCUUCAAGGAAGAAGAGCUGGGGCAGCUAAGAGUUCUGUUUCAGGAUUGGUACUCGUUACAAAGGCAUGUGGAAAUGAUGUCCCAAGGUUGACAUUUUGGCUGUCUAAUACUAUAGUGCUGAGAACGAUUAUUAGCCGAACCAUCAAAGAUUUGGUUCCAUCAAAUCCUGAUGGAUCUGGUAGGAGAAGGAAAAUUGAGGGAGAGGAGGUGCAUGGCAAGAUAACUACCUCACUAAAGUUGAAGGGUUUAUACCCUAGAAAAAAUGAAAAUACAGCAUUAGGAUAUGGAGGUUUUGGUAACUGGGAUGAUCCUCAGGUAUUUAUAUCAGCACUGGAAAAGGUUGAAGCAUGGAUAUUCUCUCGCAUUAUAGAAUCUAUCUGGUGGCAGACUUUGACUCCCCACAUGCAGCAUACAAAGUUGACCAACAAGGAAGUGGGUUCUGCCUCAAGAAAAAGCUAUAAAAGGACAUCUAGCUCAUGUGAUCAAGAGCAGGGUAACUUGUCUCUAUAUAUUUGGAAGAAAGCUUUCAGGGAAGCAUGUGAAAGGCUCUGUCCUAUUCGAGCAGGAGGGCAUGAGUGUGGCUGUCUGCCUAUGCUUUCUAGAUUGAUAAUGGAGCAGUGUGUGGCGAGAUUAGAUGUGGCUAUGUUCAAUGCUAUUCUUCGAGAGUCUGCUGAUGAAAUACCAACUGAUCCUGUAUCUGAUGCCAUCAGUGAUCCCAAGGUUCUCCCCAUUCCACCUGGGAAAUUAAGCUUCGGAGCUGGUGCACAGCUAAAAACUGUGAUUGGGACCUGGUCUAGAUGUUUGACUGAUCUAUUUGGCAUGGAUGAUAAUGACUCAAUUGAAGAUAAAGCUCACCCUGAUAACAAUCAAGAGAGACAUAAUACAUCCUUUAGUCUUCUCAAUGCACUAAGUGACCUCUUGAUGCUUCCUAAGGAUAUGCUGUUUAGUGCAUCCAUCAGGAAUGAGGUAUGUCCGAUGUUUACUGCAACACUUAUGAAGAAGAUUCUUGACAAUUUUGUCCCAGAUGAGCUUUGCAGUGAUCCUGUUCCAUCUUAUGUUUUUGAGGCUCUGAACUCAGAGAAUGCUAUGGGAGAUGGAAUGGAGCAUUUCAACAACUUUCCAUUCAUUGCAGCCCCCAUUGUGUAUUCACCUCCACCAGCCACUUCCAUUGCAAGCAUUGUUGGGGAGAAGGGAAGCAAAUCUCAACUAAGAAGAAACAGAUCUUGUGUUGUUAAAAAGUCAUGCACCAGUGAUGAUGAGCUCAAUGAAUUGAAGUCCCCAUUGUAUUCAAUAUUGUCCAGUGCUUCCUCAUCACCAUCGGUUUCAGCAAAAUCCAGCUUGAAGUUGAAAGAAAUUCGCAACCAAUCUCCUGUUAGAUAUGAGCUACUCAGGGAUGUGUGGAUGAAAAGUGAGUAGUCUUCUUGUAGAUAGAUUCUACACUCUUCUAAAGCAAGCUUGUAUGUAAAAUGUUCAGGUAAAUAAAUGUGUAACAACUUGGAGAAAACUUGAGUCUUUUUGGGCACAGUCUAGGAGAGUUGUUGAUAACUUCUCUGUUGAAAAUGAAGAGUAUUUUCUAUUAAAGUUGUUAUUAGACAUUAUUUAAGACAAAUAUAUUUUUAUCAA